AUGACAAAUUCACAUAAUUCAUCAGAAAUUGAACGACUCAAAGCUGAAAUUCAUCAAGAAGAACAAAUAAAAUUAUCGCUUGAACAAUCAUGUCAUGAAUUACAAAAUACAGCUGCUGAAUUAGAAAAACGAUUAAAAAUGAUUGAUGAAGAAAUGAGUACUCAUAUUGAUAUAGGUGGAAAAAUAGAAGGCAAUGAAUGGAAAACACGUUUUGAAAAUCAAGAAGAAAUUAAUCGUCAUUUAGCAAGACAAAUUAUUUUACUUGAAAAAAAUAUUGAUCAAGCAAAAGAAGAACAAAAAACUGCAAAAACACGUGCAUCAAAAGCAGAUCCGAAUGAAGUUAGUCAAGAAGUGUUAAGUGUUGUUGAAAAUGAAAAAAAGAAUUUAUCGAGUCAAUUACGUGACUACGAAUGGCGAUUAGAACAAGAAAAUAAGGCUUAUCACAAAGCAAAUGAAGAACGAAAAAUCUUGACAAAUGAGAUUACUGAUGUUCGAAAUGCAAUUUCAGUUAUGAAAGAACGAUCUCAAACAACAGAAUAUACCAAAACUGAACGAAAUGGACAAUUAACUAAUCGAGAACUUAAUGAUAAUAUUCCUAUGGAUAAACGUGUUAUCGAUCCAAGAAAAGGUCCAAUUAAUCGAAAUGCAGCGACACGUUCACUACCAAAAUUGACUAAACAAUAA